AUGUCGUCUCUCGUGCCUCUCCGGUCUCGUGGCCUCUUCCAAGGCAUGACAAACAUCAUGUAUGGUCUAGGCGGUGCGACAGGCGGACCUCUUGGCGGUAUUCUAUUGGAUAUUGUGGGGUGGCGCGGGUGCUUCUUCAUCCAGAUACCCGCUCUUGCGAUUGCUCUUACUCUCAUCUUUACACUCAUUGAGCGCGACGAGGCCGCCCAUUUUGCUCCAGAUGAAAAUACGUGGACAAGAAUCAAGUCCGUUGACUUUCUGGGACUUAUCUCCUACGCGAUGAUACAUAUAUCUGCCCUGGUCGCGUUGGACCUGAUCAGCACGCGCAUGAUGGCGGUUACCAGUGGACCGGUGCUAGGCUGUAUGGCCACGGCCCUGCUGUGUUUGGUCCUAUUCAUGUACUUUGAAUGUCGUGCCAAGUUGCCGCUAAUCUCGUUUGAAGUUCUGUCUCUCCGCACUGCUUGGUCGAGUUUGUGGGGGUGCCUAUUCCUCACGAUGGCCUACACUGCCUUUAACUUCAAUUUCCCUCUCUAUUUCCAAGUGGUUGGCCAGAUGGCCCCCUCUGACUUGGGUAUUCGCAUGAUUCCUGCCGGUGUUACUAUUGGGUUUUCAAGCAUUAUGGCGGGUCUUUAUAUUCGCAAGCACGGUCGCUACUACAAGUGCUGCCUGCUCUUUAUCUGCAUUGCCUGCUUGACUUGUAUCCCCUUGACGACCUAUCGCACCAAUCCCCCCACGGUCUCCCCCUUUAUCCUGAAUAUCUUUAUGACUAUGGGCCAGUCAUGGUACCUGGUUUGCUCCCUGAUCGCUCUUAUCCACACUGUCAGACCGAACCAGAUCGGCGUUGCUACGGGUAUGAGCUACUUGUUCCGAUCAGCCGGCCAAGUGAUGGGCGUGGUGAUCCCUGGCGGCAUUUUCCAAGUGAACCUGCUGCGCCAGCUUCAGAGUCGAAUUCUUGGACCGGGUUCCGACGAUCUGAUCUCGCAACUUCGACAUGACUCUACGCUCAUCCCCCAGCUUCCUACGGAACUUCAAAACGAAGCACUGGCGUCCUACGGAGACGCGCUGCACCUGGUAUUCAUCUUUGUGAAUCUAUGCUACGUGGCUUGCAUUGCAUUCUUCAUUUUCGUGGAGGACGUGUCUUUGGAGGAGCAUCCCAACGACCGAGACGAAUAA